UAGCCUAGCCAGAGCCCCGCCGCCGGUGUGCGCAAGGGAACUGCGCAUGCGCAUGUUUAUCCGCGUGCACACCGCGCACAAAAUGGCGACUGAAGUGUGUCUGUGAGAUUGAGAGUUGCCGCGCAGCACGGGCCGUUUUCUCGACCACUCAACCCCCAUACCCACGAGACAGAACAGCAAACACGGGAGAUGUCUUUUCAGGCGCCCGGCGGAGCGUUUCCCGGCCAACCCGUUGGCGGCUUUCCCGGGGGCCCCGGCGGCCCACCCGCUGGUGCCCCGAGAUACCCGAUCCACCACGGAGCCAUGCCUCCGACUGCCGCCAUGUACCUUCCUUCAGGAGGGCCCCCUCCGGCUGGGAUGUAUCAAAUGACAGUUGGUCCGCCCACCUACAGACCGGGAUAUCCCGGUGCAAUGGGCCAGCCAGGAAUACUGCCCAUGCCCCCCAUGCCACGGAUGCUCCUACCAAUGCAGCCUAGACAACCAGUCAUUUCAGCUCCACCACAGUUCUCACCAGCCAGAGCUAACCUUCAAGCUAGGAUACCUGUCAUAUCUCCGAGUGCCAUGAAAGUAGCCACAACUGUUUUCGUGGGAAACAUUUCAGAGAAAUCGUCAGAUACCCUCCUCAGACAAAUCCUUCUGAGAUGUGGCACGAAUAGAGGGAUGGAAGAGGGUGCAAGAUGCUUCGGGAAAGCUACAAGGAUUUGGGUUCUGUGAGUAUGGGGAUCCGGAAUCGACCCUGAGAGCCUUGAGAAUUCUCCAUGAAUUCAGGUUGGGAGACAAGAGCCUCGUGGUGAAGGUGGACUCCAAGACACGGACUGAUCUCUUGAAGUACGUCAUGAUAAAGAAACGAAAGGCAGAUCAAGAGACUGUGGACGAAGCAGCAAUAGAGAAAGAAGUGGAGGGGAUGGACGAGAAGAGGGGGACUGAGGUAUUGAAGGAAGUCACCGACGACGCACAAAAAGAAACGGACCAUCAGAUCAUCGCGGCAAUCACGGCCCUAGUGAGAGAGAACGUGGAGGUUCUUUGGGAUGGUACCAGUCGUGCGGCUGCAGAUGCUCAACUGGAGCAAGACGUGAAGGAAGCGCUCUUUGCUAUUGCAAAACAAAAGGGAAAGAUAGACCCAAACUGCACACUGGAUGAUAUGGAUAUGGAGGAAGACAUGAAGACGUUGGUCAGCGACGAAAUCAAGAAGUUCCGGUUGUCUUCGGAGCGCCACGAGGUGGAGAAACACAAGUUGAGGGAGAAGAAGAAGACUGAAGCCGAGGCAAGCAAGACGGAGGGAGGGACACUUCCUCCCUGGCCUCCGAGAAGGGGGAGAGAGAGUCAAAGAACAUCACCAUCACCAAGGACAGAGGGAGAGGGCGAUCACCUCCUCCGAGUAAAGACAGGGGACGCUCUCCUCCCCUGCAAACGGCCCCGUAGUCCGGUGAAGAGAAGGUCUCGCACGCCAAGUCCGCGGACGAGGGCGAAAGAGAGGCAGGAGAGAGAGGCGGCCAGGAGAGAGAAGGAGAAGGAAGAGAGUCUGCGGGAAGAGGAGGGCUACGAGGCGAGACAGCUCCAGAGGAAGCAGAGGACCAGGGAGAAAGCAUACAAAGAGCGACUGACAAUGUGGGAGAGCCGUGAGAGGAGGAAGGCAAAGGAUUACGACAAAGACUACGAGAAAGAGGAGCAGCGAAAAGAGGAAAUGGACAAAGAAGGCAAAGAUUUGGCAGAGUUCCUUGAAGACUACAACGAUGAAAAGGAUGACCAGCGAUACUACAAAGGCAGUCAGUUUGCGCGGCGGAGGAGGGAGAGGGAGUUGGAGAGGGAGGAGGACGAGAGGGACAGGCAGAGGGAGAAGGAGGAGAUCGAGGCUCUGAGACUGGAUCUCAUGGAGAGACAGGUCAAGGAGAGCAAGAGACAAGAUGGGGUUGAGGACGGAGAGGGGUCCACGGGCAGCUCCUCUCCGCAGCGAGAGGACGACGAAGAUGAGGAAGAUGACGACAUACCGAAGGUUCUGGAGAUGGAUACCGACAUCCCUCUGGCAAAGGCAGGGUUCAACCCCAUCCCUUCGUACCCUCCCAUCAAGGUCCAAUCAGCCCCAGCAGUGGACCUAAAGAGCCACCCUCGAGACGCGGCCGAGGAGGACGGGAUCACGUUCAGCCACUCAGACGGAGUAACAGAGCCAGAGGACAUGGAGACAGACUCCCCACGGGCCGGAGUAAAGAUGUCGUUCGGAGUAUGGGGUAAAGUGGGCGGUGGAGUAACGGGAGGUGGAGGGAGUAGCGGUACCCCGCUGGGGAAACGUACAAAGAUGGACACCAAUGUACUGGGUGCUGACGAAGAGGGAGAAAUCAACGCCCCAAAGAAGAAGCUGGCGUCCAUUAAGCAGAUUGAGAAGGAGCAGAGAGAUGAGAGGAGAGGGGCAUUGGAGAGAGAGGUGAGUGAGAUGGCGGCCAAGUACAGCGGCGACGACAAGAAGAUCCCUGCCGACGACAAGAAGAAGAUGAUCCAGACUCUGGUCAAGGGAAUUCCUACCACCAAGGAGGAGCUGUUUGAGUACGAGCUGAAGUGGGACGCCAUCGAUCAGACACUGAUGGAGAAAAGAAUUGGUCCGUGGAUCAACAAGAAGAUAGUAGAGUACAUUGGUGAAGAGGAGGAAACACUCACCGAGUUCAUCUGCAAUAAGCUCUCCACUCAUAUCCCUGCCCAGACCAUACUAGAGGAGCUAGCAAUGGUGCUGGAGGAGGAGGCAGAGGUUUUUGUAGUCAAGUUAUGGCGACUGCUGAUCUAUGAGACGGAGGCAAAGUUCCUGGGUAUUGCCAAGGCCUACUGAUAUCAGCUCAGUCGUCUCGCUCCUGCCUGAACUGAAAUUCAUUCCCUCCCCUCUCAAUUUCUCUCCUCUCUCUCUCUCACACACACAGUGACUAACACAGUCUUUCACCUGAAUGCAUAAUUUGUACAUACAUUGCUAUUACCUAUUUUGAAUUUCAAAGUGAUGUGCAAACGUUUAACAAUACACUGCAUUUUCCACACCCAAAAUGUUCUUGUUUCGCUAUAAGUGCUAUAGUAAGAACGGGAUGAAGGCUUUUCUUGAUUUUGGGUAGUCUUCAAACUUCUCCUGGUAGAACCUGUGGUGUUGGAGAGCUCGUGAGCCAAGGAAGAGGAAGGUCCAGAGAGAGAACUGAGCAGCCACCGCAGACCAGCAGGCUAUGGCGUAGCCCACCCACUCCAGAGUCUCCCCCAUGUAGUUGGCACAUGACACAUACUCAAACAUUCCACCUUCAACACACCAACACGAGACAUGGACGUACAAAAAGAGCAUGGCGCUUAUUUGUAAGGUGCAAUAAUGGUUCUUAACUCAGUCAAUAGUCAACUAUACCUCUGGGGAUCCUGUAGGUGGUUUCUCCAGGAGCUCUGAGAGAUCUGAGGAUGCUGUCAGAGUGAAUGUUGAUGGCCAUCCCCAGCAGAAACACCAGGUGACCCACCAUAAACCGCGGGUCAGUGAACCAGGAGAGGUCGUAGCGGGCGUAGUGUGUGAGGUAGCGCCCCUGCAGGUAGCCGUUGACGGCACAGACGCAAAAACCAAAAGCUACCGGUGCGAGCGGAGUUGUCUUGCCUCGCGUCAAUGCAGCAUAGAGAAAUGUCCUAUUUGCGUAGUGAAGGAGAAACAUCCCAAGUAGGACUAUGUUAGGAUUGAAAGCCCCGACGUAGCGUCCUCCGACGUUCAGAAUUAGAUAGAGCGGCACCACCACGGCCGGUAUCUCUUGCACCAUCCACGCCAGCCGAGCCGGCACCUUGCAAGUCGUCAGUCGGAGCGCUGAAAGUAGGCUCCGCUGGUCUCCGUAGCGACCGUACGGUACCUUGGCACACCCGACGAAGCCGAGACACGAGAAGGCGGCCAUCAAGGCCAAGAGCCCCAUCCAUAUCCACGGGAGAACGUGCUCGUCUGCGUCAUCUUCAAGAAAAGCCGAAAGAAGAGCCAUUGCAAACACGCACGCCACAC